AUGAAAUAUGAGGAGGGCUCCAACAGAUCUCCAUGCCUCACUAGGCUUAAGAAAAUUAGUUCCAGAGAGGAGGCAUAUAAAUGUAAAGAUUGUGGCAAGUCAUUUUGCCAUCAUGCAAAACAUCAAGCUUACCAGAGAAUCCAUGCUGCUGAGAAACCUUACAGAUGUCAGGAAUGUGGCAAGUCCUUUACCCAGAAUUCAACUCUUCAGGUGCAUUACAGAAUUCAUACUGGUGAGAAACCUUACAGAUGUCAGGAAUGUGGCAAGUCCUUUACCCAGAAUUCAACUCUUCAGGUGCAUUACAGAAUUCAUACUGGUGAGAAACCUUACAGAUGUCAGGAAUGUGGCAAGUCCUUUAGCCGAGAUUCACAUCUUCAGGGGCAUUACAGAAUUCAUACUGGUGAGAAACCUUACAAAUGUCAGGAAUGUGGCAAGUCCUUUACCCAGAAUUCAACUCUUCAGGUGCAUUACAGAAUUCAUACUGGUGAGAAACCUUACAAAUGUCAGGAAUGUGGCAAGUCCUUUAGCCGAGAUUCACAUCUUCAGGGGCAUUACAGAAUUCAUACUGGUGAGAAACCUUACAGAUGUCAGGAAUGUGGCAAGUCCUUUACCCAGAAUUCAACUCUUCAGGUGCAUUACAGAAUUCAUACUGGUGAGAAACCUUACAGAUGUCAGGAAUGUGGCAAGUCCUUUACCCAGGAUUCAAGUCUUCAGGUGCAUUACAGAAUUCAUACUGGUGAGAAACCUUACAGAUGUCUGGAGUGCGGCAAGUCCUUUACCCAGGGCUCAAAUCUUCACAUUCACCACAGACUCCAUACUGGUGAAAAACCUUACAGAUGUAAAGAAUGUGGCAAGUCCUUUACAAGAAACGCAGCUCUUAGAAAGCAUCACAAAAUUCAUUUAAUGGAUACAUUUCAUAAUGUUUAUUAG